CCAAUCACAGGGCUCCAUGUUGGCCGGUGUCCGCUGUGGUCAGCAGGAAGAACGGCCCGGUGUGUGUACUGUUAGCAGGCUGAUUCCUUCAUAUUGAUCGAACUCACAUUGAUCAGUGACUCACCGUUUCCCGCCUCCAGCCGCUGCCUCAGAGACGGUGCUGGUUGAUGUCUGCUUCCGGUGCGGCGCGAGACUCACGGAGGAGAAGCUGCCGUUAGCCGUUAGCCGUUAGCCGUUAGCCGGGGACCGUCAGAGGUGGUUCUUGUAUGGGUGAGUGAGCGACAGCCAUGAGUGCGGAGCCGGACGCCCUGGCCGUGGUCAACCAGCUGAGGGACCUGGCCGCCGACCCCAUGAACCGCAGGGCCAUCGUCCAGGACCAGGGCUGCCUGCCCGGACUCAUCCUGUUCCUGGACCACCCCAACCCUCAGGUGGUCUACUCUGCCCUCCUGGCGAUCCGUUACCUGGCAGAAUGUCGGGCCAACCGGGAGAAGCUGAAGGGGGAGCUGGGGAUGAUGCUGAGCCUCCAGAACGUCGUACAGAAGUCGACCACCCCCGGAGAGACGAAGCUGCUGGCCUCUGAGAUCUACGAGCUGCUGCAGGCGUCCAGCGGCGCAGAGUCCGAGCCGGCCGAGGAGGCCGUCAGCAGCCGCCGUAAAGCCCAGUUCUUCCUGGGCUCCAGCAACAAGAGAGCCAAGACCGUCAUCCUCCACAUCGACGGACUGGACGACUCGAGUCGGAGGAGUCUGUGUGAGGAGGCUCUGCUGAAGAUCAGAGGAGUGAUCAGCUUCACCUUCCAGAUGACCGUGAAGAGAUGCAUCGUCCGCAUCCGAUCAGACCUGAAGGCUGAGGCUCUGGCGUCGGCGAUCGCAGCCACUCAGGUGAUGAAGGCUCAGCAGGUGGUGAAAGCAGAAAACGGAGAAGAGGUUUUGAUCCCGUUGGCGGAGGACGGUUCCACUGAUGUGGAGCGCAACUUGGAUCUGCCGGACUACCUGCCGGAGGAUGAGAGUCCGUCUCAGGAGCCUGAUAAGGCGGUGACCCGGGUGGGAUCCGGCCAGGACGGGACCAGCUGGCUGGGUGCUGCCACCAACUUCCUGUCCCGCUCCUUCUACUGGUGACCUUUCUCCGCCUCCUCUCAGAACCAAAAUCUACCAGCUGCCAAAUGUCACCGCUGUCCGUCUGAGCUGGAGGGACAAUCUGAGACAAACCUUCCAACAGUGAGAGUACAAACCUGCAGCGUCCGUCACUCCGACGCUGUGAGGAUGAGACAACCAACAGGAUUGUGGUUUUAGUUUGAAGUUUCUUUGAGAGAAGUGUGACGACGUUCUCUCUGUAAACGGGUCCAUCUGUUCCAAACCAAAUUGUCUUAACGGACAGGAAGUGUCCUGGAGCGACAUGAACAAACACCAACGAGUUAGAAUAAACCGAACAGGACGUCCCUCUCUUCCUUUUACCUUUCUAUUAUUUAUUUGACUUUUCUUUCUGCAGUUUGACGUGUUUUUAAAGGACGAGCAGCAGUCAGAGUUCAGCUGUGCCUUCAGUUCGUCACAAACGUCCUGCUGCUUCACUUCACGCUGAGGCUGCAGCUAACUGCUGUUUCUGUUAUUGAUUCAUUCUGACAUUCAGAUAUCAGAAAUAAUGACAAAUGCCCAAACAGUAAUCUGCUUCUCUGUGCUGCACUGCGCCAAGAACCAGAGUGUCACUCAUACUGCAGCGAAAGACUCUUCAGUAGUCGAGUGAAAAUGAAAAACAGUGACGAUCAUGAUGAAGUCCACGGUCAUUGGUUGGCCGACUAAAAGAUAUCCGAGACACUGUGAUUAUAAAUAUAAUUAUUAGCUCAUUGAUAAACCGAUGUGUCUUCAUCAGGGUUUAAUGGUUACGUAAUCAAUGGAUUACUGAUCAGCUCUUAUCUCUGAUUUAUGUAAUUGGAGCGCAGAGCAAAAGGGGCGGGGCUUACGGGGAGGGUCAACUGGAAACGGGUACAGUGUUCUUUAUUAUUAUUUGGGUAUUUGUCAUCAUUUUUGACUAAUUAAGUAAAACAAUAGUAAUAGUAAGUUGCAGCCUUCCUGCAUUACUGCGGUGACGUUACAGGACCACAGACAGAUCCAAGGUCAGAGAGACGGACUGAAAGGUCACAGGUUUGAUUCUUCUCUGCUCUGAUUACGUCCUCCUCGGGUCAACGAGCGAACGGUGCUUUACUUUCUGACUAUGAUUUUCUCUCUGACCGGUCAGAGGUCAGAUGUCAGUGAGCUUUCUGGAGCUGGUCGUCGUGUUUACACCCCCAUCCCUGUAUGAAUGCCUUCGCACUGAACGUUUCGGACACUGAGCUGGUUGUGUGUUAUGGAGCAACGUUACCGGACUUUAUUUUUUGUUUUGUGAACAUUUUGCGCACUUUAAUCUGAGUGGAUUUUUGAAAGUACAGUAGAAGUCUUGAAUCAUUGGACCACGUUACAAGCUUUAGAACUUGAGUUGAACAACAAGAUCUGACCACAGGGUGACGGUUCAGUGUUUAUGACCGUAGGAAAAGAUUCGUUGUGAAACAGUGAAUUUAUUUCAUUGUUGGUGUUUUGUUCGAGGUGGAGCUCACAUUCCUUGUCUCCUGCUGUUGAUUCAUUAUUGUAACUAGUCCUGUCACAAUAACUGCUGCUGUUUGUUUAUUACAGAUAUAACGAUAUUAUUGUAUUUUGAACACCAUUUUGUUGCCACUGAUUUAACAAUAAAAUAGUACAGUUCACUUCUAAUUCUUAAGAAUAUUUAAAGGCACGACCAACCCAAUUAUUCUUCCGACAGAUGAAACAUAUUUCUGGCAGCCUAAACAAUCACGGAAGCUGAGACACAACAUUGGACAACAUUGAUGGUCAUUUUUUGCUGCACUUUAAUGAUCUCCUCCUACAGAGUUGAUCAGAUCAACUUCAUAUUUGGUCACUGCAAUCAAAAGGCCUUUGCAUUGAAUGGCGUGCCCGCAGCGUGCUGCUGAUUGAAGCUCUAAUCAGACAUUGAAAUACUAAAAUGUCUUUUGUAGAUAAAACAUAAUUCAAACCACACAGUACAUAAAAUGAAUAUACUGCACUUAAAUAAACAUUAACAGAACACAUGGUGAUGGUGCAUCAUGAAACAGUGAGUCCAUAUAGUGACAGCUUUACAUUGUAUGUAUAUGGAACAAUAAGUGGAUCAGUAUUGUGACAGGCCCGAUGAAAAACUGAUGGUUGUUACAAACAUUCUCUUUUUAUUCAUCUUCCAGCAGUGUUUCUUCAGACCUUUAAUGACCUUUAAUGACCUCGUACAGAUUUGUACUGUGCUCAUAUGACGCUGUUGUUCUCAGUGACUUUGUGUGUCCGUGUGCCUGCCCGCUGUGCUCAUAGCUCCGCCUACACCACACACUGUCCAAUCACAUUCUGAGGAGCCUGUAGUCAGACGUUAGCAUGACGCUUGAAUCUAAAUGCAGUACUGGCCUGAAUGUGAGACAUUUAGAAUAAAAUGGCAGAUUUGAACCAGAUUCAAAGGUUCUUGUGGAGUUUUCUUCUUAACAAACAUGCUGAAUAUGUUCCUAUAACAUUUGAUUUUUCUUUUCUCUUCCUGGUUCUUGCUGCCAGCGUCUGUCAGUCAGCAGAACAACAUGAGACUAUCAGCAGAAAGCUUCAUAUAUUAUAUAUAAUAGAAAACUAAACUGUGCAACCUGCUUCUGUUUGUAGAAACACAAUCAGCUGUUGGAGUUUUCUUGGUUUUAGUCACAGAAAAUACUUCAUUAAAGCUGAAACUAGCUGAAGAUUGAUUGAGUCUCAUUGGCAGUACUGAGCCUACCUGAGAAUACCCACAGCGCCACAGACGAGUUGGGGGAGAGAACGUGCUGCUGCGUUCACCGUAGGAAGGGGAGGCUGAGGCGAGGACGUUGCAAUCAGCAGCUACACUGGAAGUCUGCUGUAACAUCCUCAGAUAUAAAACCACCCAAAGUUUUAUUUUACCCUCAAUUCCAAAAUCAGACCUUCCUCUUGUGUUCGUGCCAAUGUCGGAAAUGUGUUACAUUAAUCAAUCGGUGUCAGUAUUGAUCAGGUCGGCUCCCUCACAGUGAACUCUGGUACCUGCAUGAACCGACUGUAUUUCUUCUACUCAGGUUACAUUCAAGUUUCUCUAAACAGCUCCAAAUUAUUCUUUUUAUUUUAUUCAUGUGAUUUCUAUGGAAAUCCAGAUUUGAGUUGUUCCCUGAAACAUGAAUGUUCUUCAUCACCACCAUCAUCAUCAUCUUCAUCAGUGUGCUGCUGUUCUGUAAUGAUUCAUGAACGUUUGUUGAGAAUAAAAACAUGAAUGUCUGUA